GCAGAAGCCCUCAGCUCUGCAUUCCGGCGGAGCUUUCAGGCACACACCGGCCGCAGCGCAGUCCCGGGCCGAACGCCUUGCUGUUGAGCUUUAAAGAAAGAAGAGUCCUGAAGGGGAAAAGUUGCUUCCCGUAGUUUUUCCCUUCUUUGAUGCGUUUCUUGUUCGGAGCUGUGGGGGAAUGGUUCACAUUUCGUCGCAUAGCUGUCUAAACUGAGAGGGAAUUAAGGCGUUUUAUGUCUUUUUAAGGUGCAAGCCUUACAUUUGUCCAAGCAUUGUUACUGCAACUGGUGCACCAUGGUGGUCAUGACAGACACCAGCAGGGCUGCUCAGCCCAGCCCUGCGCAGGGGAGGCCACUUCAGGUCGGCUUCUAUGAGAUCAUCCGCACCCUGGGGAAAGGCAACUUUGCAGUGGUGAAACUGGCCAAGCACAAAGUCACCAAAACACAGGUGGCGAUAAAGAUCAUCGAUAAGACCAGGCUGAGCCCCUCUAACCUGGAGAAAAUCUACAGAGAGGUGCAGAUAAUGAAGCUGCUCAACCAUCCCCACAUCAUCAAGCUCUACCAGGUCAUGGAGACCAAAGACAUGCUGUACAUCGUGACAGAGUAUGCAAAGAACGGAGAGAUGUUCGACCACCUGACCUCAAACGGCCGCAUGAGCGAAGACGAGGCGCGAAAGAAGUUCUGGCAGAUCCUCACAGCCGUGGACUACUGCCACCGACACCACAUCGUCCACCGCGACCUCAAAACCGAGAACCUGCUGCUGGAUGCCAACAUGAACAUCAAGCUGGCCGAUUUUGGAUUUGGAAACUUCUACAACGCAGGGGAGCCUCUGUCCACGUGGUGCGGCAGCCCGCCUUAUGCCGCUCCUGAGGUGUUUGAGGGGAAAGAGUACGAGGGGCCACAGCUUGACAUUUGGAGCCUCGGCGUGGUGCUUUACGUCCUGGUCUGCGGCUCUCUUCCGUUCGACGCGCCCAGCCUCCCCACCCUCAGACAGAGAGUCACAGAGGGACGAUUCAGGAUUCCCUUCUUCAUGUCACAAGACUGUGAAAAUCUGAUUCGGAAGAUGCUAAUGGUAGACCCGGCCAAACGGAUCAGCGUAGCCCAGAUCAAGCAACACCGCUGGAUGCUGGCCGACCCGUCGGCCGCCCACCAGACCCUCAGCCAUUCGCUCACAGAGUACAACUCCAACCUCGGCGAUUACAGCGAACCGGUGCUGGGCAUCAUGAACACGCUGGGCAUCGAUCGCCAGAGGACAAUCGAGUCCCUGCAGGGCAGCAGCUAUAAUCACUUCUCCGCAAUCUACUACCUGCUGCUGGAGCGAGUGCGAGAGCACCGCGCUCAGCAGCUCAGUCGUCAGUGCGGGACGUGGACCCAGAGACCCAGGAGCACGUCUGACUCCUCCGGCCCAGAGGUUAUCAUGGAGUCCGGUGAGACCUUUAGAGCUACUCCUUUCUCACUUCCAGCCAAAAACGCUCCUCCCGUGUACUCUGAGGUGGAGUGCGACCAGGGCGGAUUAUUCCAGCGGGUGGUGUUCCCGGUGGAGGCCAGCCUGAACAGACUGCUGUGGAACCGCUCCAUUUCACCCAACAGCCUGCUGGAGACGAGCAUCACCGAGGAGGUGCGUCCCAGGGACCUGGAGGAAGAGGAGGCCACGCAGACCCUCGGGCCCUUGCUCCCGCCCACAACGUCCCGCAGGCACACUCUGGCGGAGGUCUCCGCCCGUUUCCACCAGUGCAGCCCCCCAUGCAUCGUGGUCAGUCCGACAGACGGAGCGUCGUCUGACAGCUGUCUGAAGUCCUCGUCGAAUCCCGCUCCCGCAAUGCAGACUGUGGGGGAGAUGUCAACGCUUCUGGCGUUAGGGGCCGAGGGCGGAGCCCGGCUGCCCGCUGGAGCUCCCCUGGCGCUCUCCUCCCACCUCCUUCCCCAAGCUCAGAGCAGUCUGCCCGCUGCCAGCUUCCAGGAGGGCCGCAGGGCUUCGGACACCUCCCUCACACAAGGCCUCAAAGCUUUCCGCCAGCAGCUGAGGAAAAACACGCGCACCAAGGGUCUCCUGGGCUUGAAUAAGAUCAAAGGUCUGACGAGGCAGGUCGCUCCCCCGCCCUCCUCCACCCGCGGCAGCCGGGGCUCGCUCGGCCCGGCCUUCUCUGAGCACCGCAGCAUGCUGGAGGAGGUGCUGCACCAGCAAAGGAUGCUGCAGAUCCAGCACCAACCUCAACCCCAGGCCCAAGCCACUCAGACCGGACCCGCCCAGAACCCCCUUCUCUUUCUGGCCCAGAAGCAGUCGCCCUCUCCCCCGCCCACGUCCGCCUUUGCUCCCUCCUCCAUCUUUGAUGCUCCUGCCACCCAAACCGUCCUGCCUCCCCAGCAGCAGGCGCCAGCGGGCCUCUGGCACCAAACCCUCGAGACCUCCUCCUUCUCCAGCUGCUCCUCCUCGCCCUCGUCCAGCUGCUACGCCUCCUCCCUGUCUCCCGUGGCCUCUGCCGCCUACCUGCUGGAGGCUCGCCUGCACAUCAGCCAGCAGCCCCAGCCUCUGCCCUUCGCCGUCCUGCAGCAGCGCCAGUCGGCGGCGCAGGGCGCCUUCCCCGUGCCGUCGAGGCUGGCCGCGUGGAGCGGGGGCUCGGCCUCCGACGUGGACCACGGCAUGCAGGAGCUGGGCCUGGCCGGACAGCAGCAGCUCAGCAGCUGCGUGAUGGUGAAAUAAAGCGAAGGAAAAGAGCACAACAGAGGGGUAGAAACAAAAAGCCGAUGUGAACUGACUCAUUGUUUAACACGAGGUGCAACAACGUGUGUACCCAGCAUGUGUGCUUUUGGAGACCAUAUAAGCUAAAGACUAAGCAAUAACCAAACUCUGGAUGAGGCGCUAAAUUCGGCAGCCAGAGAAGCAAUAACAGACUGAAGCGCUCUCUUCCAGCUCUCCGACGGACUCACUUGAACGAGAUCAGCUGAAUAUAUUUGACUCUCAAACUCUGAUGCUGUCUAAAGCGAACGGGAAAGCUCCCGCCUCUCCUCGUCGUUCCCGUUCGUCUUUGUUUUAAGUGAGAAGACCGAAAUUCUUCCACGUUUUUGUUCGCCUUUCUAGAGACAUUUCUCUGUAGCAGUGCAAUGAACAUGCAGUAUAGCGGCCCCCCGAGCUUUGAAGCGGAUCACUGAAGGACUUGUAUCGAAACUGUGACGUUUUUUUUUGUUUUGUUUCUGUACGAGGUUUAUUCUUUGUUGGUGUUUUUUUUUUUUUUGCUACGCAAAAUGCUGCUUUUUUUUACCUCGAGCUGCAGAACGACUAUGUUGUAAUCAGCCGAGACCGACCGACGACGUGGUCUCGCUGAUUUAGCUAAAGCACAAACAGGUACUUUAGGUCCUAGCUGUAGUCGUAGGGGGCCAAGAUCCACAAUGUCUUCGUUCGCCGGGCACCUCCAUGUUAGAUGCUUUUACUACCUCCUCAGGCAACAGGGUUAAGACCUGGAAACAACACAGCAGAACACGUUUUUUUUUUUUUUUUUUUUCACUUUUGACACAGAGGAGCGGACGCGUCGUUGCCCCGUAGAAACGACAUGUCAACUGGGCCGCCAUAUUGUGAGUGGCCAAACCUGCCUUGGUACGCCGACUCAUUCAACGUAAAACAAAUCACUACAACUAAUUUGGAUGGAUUAUGCUCAUUUUAGUAUCACCGGCAGCAAUAACUGAAAAAAAAACAACAACAUAUGAUAUGCAACACAGUACUUAAAAAUAACGUAAAUUUAUUUUAAUUGACCUGUGAAAACAUACUAGCUAUAAACUAGCUAUAAGCUAGCUAUAAGCUAGCUAUAAUCUUUCUUCUAGCUAGGCGCACAGCUUGGCCUAAAUCCCUCAGGACCAUUCAUAUGUUGUUUUUUUUGCCCUCACACUAUUGCGGCGACGUUGACCUACGAUCUGUACGCUCCAGAUGUGGCGUCUCCACAUCUGUGCCCCCCCCCCCCCCCGCCCCCUCCCCUUCCUAGGGUAUCAGGAAAGCUGGACAGAACAAAGACUGUGAGAACAGUGCAAUAUUUCACACAGAAACACGGCGGAAAGACGAAGUUCGGAAUAACGUGUGUUUUGCCGGAGGUUUUUUCUUCAUUUUUUUUUUUUUUUUUUGUUGACGGGUUUUUUUUGCCGCGUGCUAGCUAGCCGACCAGAAAAGGUACUCGUUCCGUGACACAAUAAACGUGACGCUGUAGCGAUUUAGAGGAAGGCAUUUAAAAAAAACGAACAAAAAAACAAAACAAAAAGCUAACCGCUGCUUCUUCGCGCAGCGUGCUCGUAGUUAACAAUAAGGAUGAAUUUUUGGGUUUUACCAAAGAGCGAACAGCACAAGAGAUGGGUGAUCUGUCAAAGACACACUACUGACUUUUUUUCCGUUUCAAAUGCUGUCUGAAGAUGUAGCCCAGCGGUUAGCCACCAGUUUUAUGUAAUCUGGAGCUCCUGCUGCCACCAAAUCCUGAAGCUACACCUUUUCUUUGUAUCUUUAGCUGUUACCGUCAGGACCAUGGUUGUGUUCUCUCUCUCUCUCUCUCUCUCUUUUUUUUUUACUUUUCUAGAAAAAGAAUAAGAAAAAGGAAAUUAAAAAAAACAACUAAAUAUAGCAAUACCAUAUUGUGAAGGAAGCUGAACUUUAUUCAGUGGCUACAACCUUAGUUCAGAUGAAGCGAUGUGUGUUAUUGUGUGUUCAGUUCUUUGUCUCAUAUCUGUGAAACAUCUCAUCAUAGGAGAGCAGUUUUUUUUUUUUUUCCUUUACCAGGUUACUGCCCAGAACCUGGAGACGUGCAGUGUUGAAAUUCCAGUUUUUGGUUGAUUGCACUCACCACCGACACGUGUGCCUUUUUAUCCGAACAAACUCACAUCAGAUCCCACGGUCUCCGAUUGUGACUGAAGAAAGAAUGAUGGAUGCUCCUGGCAGCAACCAUUCAUUCGUUCAUUCAUUCAUUGGUCCCUCUGAUAUUUUUUAUUUUUGAAGCUUACUGUUUCAACGGAAGCAAAUUUGCACUUUAUUUCAUAUUAAGGAUUUUCCUUUGAUUAGUUUUUUUUUUCUCUUGACGAGGAAAAAAAAACCUGUUGAAACACUAAGAAUUGUGAUGCAAAUCAGUAAAAUGAUCCUUUUGAUAAAAACUUCAGAUAAUAAGAAGUAUUUCCUGUUUUGUUUUUUUAUUGUUACUUGACUGGUUGAGCAUGAUCAUGUCAGUAUGUGUGUGAGUGUGUGUGUGUGUGUGUGUGUGUGUGUGUGUGUGUGUGAAGAGGAGGACCACAAAGAGGAAGGGGAGACAAUGUUUGUUUAACAAAGAUUGUUUAUUUAUGUGGCUAUUUAUUUAAAUAAAGUUCACUUCCUAAAGUA